UCUAGUUUCUCAAUAUCGAUAUUGUCAUCGUGUGAAGGGUGUUACUAAUGAAUAGACUGUCUAAACUCCAAAUUCACCAACUAUUCUUUUGGUUCCAAUUCCAUCAGUGAAUGUCACUCUGUUCCAUAUCAUAGCGCUUAAAUGUUUAAAGGAAUACGAGAAUGUGUGGAGAUGAGGUUAACAAGAUCCCCCGAUUAAAAUAAUUUACGGAUGACUAGUGUUUAUCUUAUGAUAACAGAUAGUGUGCACUUUGUAUGACUUAUUAGUCAUAAGACAUUUUAUGAGUGGUGUAUUGCAAUAUUUUAUGCGUGAACUUGACAGAUGAAUCUAUUUUCAACUAGGCCUAUGGGCGUGGUUACCUAAAGUCUUACCUGUGAACGUAAUUGUGAUAUUGCCCCUUAUUAGACCUGACAUAUCAGAUUCGCAUUUAAAAUUCAGAUGCAACAUUCUCCUCCAGCAUUUAGGGCUGGUUGUUAUUUGCUGACUUCGAAAACUGCCUUUGUGUCUGGACUUCACCACGAUAGGCUGCUUACUCAGAUGAUUUCAAGAAACUCCGAUGUAAACAAAACCCCUUACUAACAGAUACAACUUGCUUUGGCUAUAUUUUAACAUUUCCUUAAGCAUCUAGUCCUACUUUAUGUCAUCAUGAGAUACUAUUAUUGGAGAAAUAUAAAAGUUUCAAGAUGGUUGCAACUUCUAAUACUUCCAUCGCUCUUCGUUACAACAUUUGGUGGAUGUUCGUUCCCAUCAGACUGGACAGGUCGAUGGUUUCAAGCAGAACAAGUCGGACACGUUAAUAUCAACUCUUCAUAUUUUGAAUCUAAAGGAGAAUGUGUUGAAAAAAGUAAUGACAAAUACGUAGUUAAUGAAAGGUUCGAGAAGGAAUCAUGUAAACGAUGCCUAGCUGUGUACAAAAGACACGAUAAUGUUAUCCAAUACAAAGAAAGCUCGUGCCUACAAAUCGACAGUUUGGAGGAGCUGUGCCACGACAUUGCUGGUGACCAGCCGUUGCUGUCAAUGUUCAGAGCAGAUGAUGCUACUACUAUCCCCUGCCCAUUCAAAUCUCCUCCGUACAAACUGUCGUACAACAGAGGUACGGGAGACUGCUCCCAACCCUAUUCUCGUAUAGACUCUUGUACAGACGAUUCCAGACUCUUAAUGAAGUUUGCUGCAUGUCCAGACAUUCAUGGCACUGAACACGAAGAGGAGGAGCUGAAUUGCCUAGCUACGUGGAAGGAAGGUAGCAGUAGAUAUCUGGUAGCAAAGAUUAAAUCAAAGUCCAACCAAGGAUUGGUUACAGAAGCUAAUAGCUUCAGGUGCUUCAUGUAUGCCAAGAAGCCCGGGCCGGAACUGGCAUAUUUGGUGGCCCAGAGUGGAGAUGCAACUUGCAAUGGUGUUACUACUCCCACCGAGGGUAGCAAGACCAUGGUGCUUACCCGGUUGGAAAGUAGUCACGAGAAGUGCAAGUUUCCCAGCUGGGUGGUGGAUCACCAUCACUGGCAUAGUUUGGAUAACAGCCACUCGUACCACUUCUCUCACAAGAAUGCUACCCUCCGCAUCAGUCAGGAACACGGACCUACAGAGAUGAGGGUAGUGUGUCAUCAUGUGGUUACCAACAAAUCGAUGGUGGUUGUCGUGGCGCAUGCUACUGCUGGCUGCAAAAAUGGAUACAUCUGCAUAGUGUUCAACAAAAGGGACACUGGAGUUAUACAAGUACAGAAGUCAAAUGAAAUGGUGCCAGAGCAUUCCGAAGCAUGUGUUCCUCCAUUUACUGACCCGUAUCACAUGUCUAAUCCAGUAACUCUUGUCACUGUAUCUCCAUCUCUGGAAAAGUGUCCACAGCCAGGUCGUUAUAUUGGUCACAACCAGCCUGCGUGGGCCGUCCCGUCAGAACCAGACCCAACAUGUCACGCCAACACUUCCCUUCUCAUCGGCUGUUCUACAUCCCCUCAAGUUGUCACUCUUCAGACAUGUUCUCCUGAUUCAGCCAUAGCGUAUCAUUGUCAUGGAAGCUGGUCUGAAAAUCAAACAACCUACAUUAUAGCUUCACCUGUGAGUCGAAAAUCAACUGAUGCAAAACGAUAUUGUUUCAUUUUAAAACAAUCAGAAGGAUUUUUAAGUUUGCACCGCUUGACUGAUUCUUGUAACCUGUCCUCCAGUCAACUGGCAACACCACUUAAUCUUACCUUACAAGGUUCCUGCAUAGAAAACAGUGCAUCAAAAGAUUCAAGUGUGAUGAUCGUUCCAUCCAUGUUGGUUGUGAAGAUCACUCUACUUCUGGUUAAUAGCCUGCGGUGAUAAAUAGAGUCUCUGCUGCCGUACUCACCGAACCUUCCCCAAGACUGCAUUACUUUUUGUUUGGCCAUAGAUGUCAAUUUUGGUAACACUACUUUUGAACUGCUUGACCCAAUAGGUAGGAGGUAAAUUAUUUCAAUUGGGGUUGAGAUUAUGUAUGAGUUUUAAGUUAGCUUUGUAGACCAUGUUUAAAUGAAAUAGUGACAAAUUUUCUUAACUCGAUGUUGACCAGAGGUAAUUUAAAAUGUUCUCUUUGACAUAUUCAAGCUAGUGCCCAAGGAUGUUAAUGUUGCAAUCAGAUGGAGAAUUGUGCAGCUGCACCCUUGAAAAUAUUUUAGGAAUUUAUAAACAAAUAAGCUAUUUUUUUACUAUAGAAAAAUGUAAAUCACAAGUACAACUAUCACUUUAUAAAAUAAAUAACUUAUUAGGUACGGUACACUAAAUAAUCUAAUGAAAGGACAUUACUUAAGAUGCAAUAAAGAUUGCAAUAAAUGAUUUAUACAAAAACAGUACAAAGCCUUUUUUGGUACAUCUGUUUGUGAACUACAGUAGAACCUCUUUAAUCCGAACUAAUUGGGACCGGGGGUAGUUCGGACUAUUGAAUAGUUCGGAUUACAGAACAUAUUGUUGUCUUUACAUAACAAUAGCUAAAACAAGGCUACAAUGGAUCGUAAUUGCUACGGGAAAAGUAAAAAAAUGCUUUAUAAAGUAAAAUACAGUUUUUAUUUAAUACAGUAGUAAACAUAGUGAAUAAACAGUAAUGUACAUUAAAUACAGUAUACAAUAUAGAACUACUGUACUGUGUAUAAAGUACAGCAAUGAGGUGUUCGGAUUAGUGGACGUUCGGAUCACGGGGGUUCGGAUUAAAGAGGUUCUACUGUAUAGAAAAAUUCUAAAUGCUUUCUUAUGUCGCAUCAAUAUUUUUAUCAGACAACUAUUUACUGCCCCUGAUUGUAAUAAAUAUGAUAUUGAUAUUAUCUUUUUUUAUAUUUUAUAAUUUUAUUUAGUAGGCGUACUUAUCUAGCUUUCAAAUCUGGUAUUAUAAGGUAUUUUGACUAUUCAGCUUCUAUAUUCCUGAAGAAAUUAUUUCUUCAGGCUAAAACAUGGAUUUCAAAUUAUUUCUACCAAGAAACAAGAUUUUUACUAUGUAUAUGUUUGUUAGUUUUUAUAUACCUAUUUUUGGCAUUUUUUAAAAAUAUUAUUUCGAGGUAAUAUAUGUCAUAUUUUAAAUAUUUUGGUGUUUUAAGGUGGCUUUACUUACAUAAUAUUGUAUAAAUUUUAAACAUAAUCUUAUGAGUGAUGGAUUAGUUCCUAGAUUUGGUGAUUUUCAGUACCAUCAAAUUUUACUCAUACUGGACCAAUAUAUUUUUGUUUAGUGUUUGCAACUGAAAAGGCUACAUUGGACCCUAAACUAAGUCUAUUUGCAUUUUCGAAAUGCCAACUAUUCAACAAAUUUUAAUGGUAAUAAAUUAUUACUUUAGUCAUGAGCUUAUCUUUAAUAGGUUCCCAUUGUUUGGUUAUGACAAUAACAUUACAAUGUAUUUGUACGAAAUACGUGCCUAUUACCUUAACUGUAAUAAGGCCUCAUGAAUAUUUUAUAAUAUUAAACCUUGGUAAAAUUGUUAAGAUGUUAUGUGUGGAAACAAUUUUUCAAUAAAAAAAAAUACAUAAUUUUUGAUUUUCCACAUUAUAGAAAAAUAUUUUUUUUUUUAUGAACAACAAAGCAUAUAACACAAUUCAGAAUAUUACAAUAUUGUAUUUCUCCCUUUCCUUGCUCCCCUAAGUAGGAAUUUAUAUUUUUGGAUGUUUUAUCUUUGUUCUUAGACAAGGGCAACACUACUUAUGUCCUCCCCCAACUAUCUAGAGCAGUGGUUCCCAACCUUUUAUUUGCUAUUGUCGCUUUGUUACAAUUACUAACACGUAUCCUCCCUUUCUCUUUAGUAUCAUGUACGCACGGACAUUUGACAGACGUACAAUGACUAACCACUAUGUUGACACGGGCUUAGACUACGGGACAUUGGCAUUAGAAUACAGAUGACACUUGACUAGUGUUUUGAUUGACAAGAUUAGAUGUGUAGAGGUAGCAACAACACGCAAGCAACACUAAAUGACUGAACUGAAAUGAAAUUAAGUGAAAAUGUGCUUUAUUGUACAAUUUAGAAUAUAAAUACAUUAUUACACAGACACAUAAAAACAAUGGUUAAUAACCGUCUGUUUUGUACUAAACGACUGAACUGAAGGGGUGGGAGUUGUGGAGAGGUACCUUGCUUGCCAACAAUAGCAGUUGACUCAACGUACUCCUACACUUCAGUCUGACGUGAGCUCACCACACUCAUCUUUUACACCAACCAUAUUACUUUUCCGAAUAUGACAACAAAGAAUUUGUUUAUUUAAAAAAAACACUAGCGAGUAUUCACUACAGUAAAGAGUCUACCCUACAGUUCUGAUUAUUUCCCUUUGAAUAAUCAUCGCCCCCCCCCCCCCAGGUUGUGAACCACUAGGUCUAGAGAGAGUUUAAGACAGGAAUGUAUAAGGCAUUAUUUAUUGGAUUCUGUAUUGAUUUAGGCAAAGUAUACUAAUAGCGAGCUUUAGGAGUUUUAAGGCCAGAGUCAAGCUAUUUUUGAGGACACAUUUUAAAAUUGCCUGUGGUAUGGUGUUGGAUAGUGUUACUAAUCAUUGUUUUAAUCAGCGACGCUUUUAAUGCAAUCAACAAUUUUUGUGAAUUAAGUCACUACCCAAAAACCUCUGAAUAAUAUUCAUUUAUGUACACAAGAACAUCUAUCUGAAUAGUGAAACAUAUAUAAAUGUGUUAAUAUUCUAACAAUUAAUAACAUAAAAGUUAUUUGUGUAAAGCUUCAGACAUGUUUGUAAUUCUUUUCAAAGUUGCCUUGAAUACAAAUUAUUUUGCAAAUGUUAUCAAAUUUAUUAGAAAAAAAUGUACAUUUACAUUUUAUUUUCUAUUUUGAUAGCCUCCAAUUCAAUGACUGAACAUAGUAUCAAACAUAAUAAUAAAUUAGCAUAAUGAACCUAGUUGAUCAAUGAGGGAUGGGGAUUAAUUUAUUUGUACUUUUAAACAUUCCAUUUUUGUGUAUGACAUUCCUUAUUGUACAUGUUAACCUAUUUAUUCCUAACUCGUUGUUUUCUAAUAUGCCACAUUACACUCUUUACCAAGUCAAGAUCUCGCUUUAUAUUAUAAGACUUGUAACCAAGACUGAGUUUUGUUUAUAAUUUGGCUCGCCAAAUAUAACAUUUCUAUAUUUUUUUUUUUUUUAUAUUUCUAUUCAUUUAUUAACAGGAGUUACGUCACUUGAACAUUUUGCAAAAUCUUUGUAAAUUAAUAAUAAAAACUGCGGUGCUUGUUGGAUUAUCUAAGUUUGAACUGGAUGGCAAUAAAUCCAAUUAUUCUUUGCCACUGUUACUUUCAUUUUUAUUAGAUUAUGUACUUCUUGCAAUAUUGAUAAUAAAAAAAACAGUGUUUUCAAUUAAGUACAUACAUGUGAAUCCUUGCAUUUAACAUAAUGGUAUAUUUUUUAUAAACUUUGACAGCAAUUAAUUUUAAUAUGGAUAUAACAAUUAAUUUUACUCAUGAUUUUAGAAUAACUAUAGACUAACACAUACUUCACUAACGAGUAACAAUUUAUCUCAUAAAUCGUAGAUUGUAAUAAAUAUUAAAGAGACAAAGAAAAACAUGCUUUCAGGAUGACUCAGGCAAAAACACAGCUAUCUAUCUAGAUUUAUGCACGCUAGGCCUACUACAAUAGACAGUUUCAUUUCAGACUUUGAAGGCUACUUGAGAGGAAAUUCAAGUUAUUCUUAAACCUGUCUGAAUAAAUUGGCAUUCAGGUUAUUUGUGUCCAGAUAAUCCAAGGUCUAUUUUACAAGAAAUAAUUUAUGGCUAACACAUUUUACUGUAACUACAGCAAUACGUUACUUUUAAUUUACUUUUUGUCUAAGAAUAGUAUGCAUAUUAUUAUGUUAUUAGUGUUUGUGUGGGACUAAUUUCAUUGCAAUAAAGGGUUACAGUUAGUAUUUCCCUGUGGUAUUUAUAAAAUUAUGUAAGCUUUUUUAAAGUCCGUUAUCUUGCAAUGAUGUUCCUUCAUCAAUCUUCAUGAAAGUUACUAAUUAUACAAAAUAAUUAUUUACAAUCUAGAUUUUAUAAUUCAUGAAAACUAGUAUCAAGCAACAUUUUAUGUGGAUGACCUAAUUUACCAGAAUGUUUUUUUUUUUUUUACCAUCACAAAUGCGCUAAUGAAGUUCAAUGUUCUAAGGAAACUUGUUUGUGUAUUUAAUAUUAUUAAAAAACAAAGGGUUAUUAGAAGAUCAAUUCAACAUAUCUGAUAGCUUCAGGGAAAAAUAAAAAACUAGUAAAUUAGUUAUUAUGUUUUCGAUAAGUUGAGCAAAAAUCUAGUUUAGAAAUGUUAAUUUUUAAACAAUCUUGAACCCACUUUUGUGUCCUUACUGGUACUGUAACUUUAAGUUGUAAGCCAAAUAUUAUAACUAUACAGAAUUAUUUACUGUUUUCAAAGGUACAUUUACAGGGAUUUACCAACAGAUGAAAUCACAAUGGUUUUUAAUCCAUCUCUUACAUAAUUUACCCAAUUCUGUAAAAUAUUUUAAAGGUUUAUCAGGCUUUUUCCCAGUGAUUGUCCGAGUAUGUGACAUAUUGUAUUUAUGACCAUUAGCAUUAUAUGUAAAAUCUAAUACUUACAUAAUUUCUUUAGCUUUAUAGUAACAAUAGCCACUGUGUCAAUGAGUAUUAAAGGAUCCGGUGCAGCUUUGGCCACUUUUGUACUCUCAUUUAAGCUUUUGUGUUAUUUGAAGGUGCUCGGAUCACAUCCAUGCUUGGUGCUGUGACAGCUCAACUAAUCUUAGUGUAUAUACACCACUAUUGUCUCUGACAUAUGUACAAAUGUACAGUUUGUAAGAUACUAUUAUCUGUGAUGAAAUGGUAACUAAAAUUUUAAUAUUAUCGUAAGUAUUACGAUAGUUUGUUAACUAUCUGCAUGAGUAUUUGUUUUUUACUUAAAAAUAAAUCCUCAGCAUUGAUGUGGCAGCUGGGUUUAAUACCUGUUUAAGAAUUUUCUUGCCUUUUUACAUACUGUUGUAAAUGCCCCUUAAAGGGAUUUAGAAGAAUAUGAAAUUCUUGUAAAUUAUCAUUGCUAUCAGUUGUUAGUGAGCUGUAGAUACUAUUACUAGUUUUUAUCAGCCCACAUAAUAAUAUUUUUGCUUUUAGUAGUUUGUGUAAAAACAUGAAUGGUGUGUGUAAGAGAGUAUGUUUGUUUUUAAUCAUAAAGCUAGUAAAUUGUGAACUUAUUGUAAAUAUGAAAUAAAAUAGAUUGUAAAAGUCACAAA